AUGCCCUCUCCCUCUCCGCACGCCCCCUCCCCAGCCUCAAUCCCCUCCGCACCCGCCAUCUCCACCCCCAACGCGUUAACGGGCGCCCUCUCCGUGAAUACGCGUAUCCGAGUAUCCGCGCUCCCUCUCCGUGCGCCCCCUCUCCCUCUCCGCACGCCCCCUCCCCAGCCUCAAUCCCCUCCACACCCACCAUCUCCACCCCCAACGCAUCUCCGCGCUCCUUCUCCGUGCGUCCGCCCUCUCCGUGCACCCUCUUCACGUAUACACGUAUCUGCGUGCCCUUCCACUCUGCAUAUACAUAUUUCUGCGUAUCCGCGUAUUGCGCGCCCUCUCCGCGUAUACGCAUCCUCCACAUAUCCGCGCGCCGUCUCCGCGUCUCCAUCCACCUCCUCCACCUCAAUUCGUCUCCGCUCACUUCCUUUACCACCCUCAUCGCGUCUCUGCACGCGUCCGCCCGCAACGCGCUCACGCGCGCCCCCUCAAGACCCUCAGGCCCCUUUCUGGACGGAGCCCACAGAGUUCGAGCAUCGGAAUAACGUGUCGCGUCUCCGUUCAACCUUAUACCCUUGGCUUGUCUCAAAUUUACUGUCGUCUGAAAUCAUGUCAAACGUACCCUCAAGCCCAUUCCCUUCGCUCUAUGACUCCAAUAAUUGGGCCGUAUGGUCCCGUGCAAUUACGAAAGUAGACCCCACUUCGUCCAGCGAGGUCAAGACUUUGCAUCGGCUCUCGCAGAAGAAGCUCAAGCCCGAACUUUUCGUCUACUUCAAGCGUGCUUCGCCAACCAGUCCUCUCACUCCAUGUCAUCCCGGCGAGGAGGUGGAACUGAAGAAGCGCCACCACACCGCCGUCAAUGAACCUCAUAUUGGCCAGGCUACCAUAUGCUUGUGGCAAUCACUUUCGAAGCGUGAAGCACAGGCAAAGAAGCAGAGCAAGGCAAAGAAGUUGAGGGCUGAGGAUGUCGCGGAGGAGGACUUCGAGCUUGCCAUGGUUGAGAGUGACGACGAAAUGGAAGAUUGGGAGUUCUAUGGCGAGGAAGCACCGGAGGAGUCGAUGUUCGUUGCAUCGAAGGAACCAACUCCCCCCAGCCUUUCAUCAUCCCUCCCGACGCCACUCCUAUCCACCUUCGCUAUCCCGCUUCCCCUCCAUCCAAUAUUACCGGCCGAAACCAACAUUCUCAGUGUCAAUACAAGUUACGCAGCCUCCCUACCCUCUCGCGAGCAGGCGUACAUGUAG